AGGAAAGUGAUCGUCCGACCGGAAUGCAACCAAAGGAAGUUGCCCGAAGCUCACAACAAACCCUGUUUAAUUUUCUUAUAUAUUUCGAUCUUUUGUUAGCUUCAAUACCUACUCUCCUCGAUCUCUUAUUUAAUCACCAUCUCUAUCUCUUUUUCAAAAACAUUUUACACUAGCUACUAGCUUACACAGUUACACACUACGUACUCUUUGGUGGAAGUAACAUAUUAUUAAAGCAAGGUCGAGUACUAACAAUGGCAGCUUUUCAUGAUGAUCCAUUUCUGUUUGAAGACUACUUUCCAUCGAUGAUCGAGAGAUUGGGUUCGGAUGGGUUCAUGGGGGAGCUAUGCAAUGGGUUUUGUCUGCUGAUGGAUGUGGAGAAGGGACUGAUCACAUUCGAGAGCUUGAGGAGAUGCACAUUUCUGCUGGGAUUGAAUGAGAUGGGAGAUGACGAGAUUGUGUACAUGCUGAGAGAAGGAGACUUGGAUGGAGACGGAGCUCUGAAUCAGAUGGAGUUCUGCAUUCUCAUGUUCAGGUUGAGUCCCGGGUUGAUGGACGGAUCCCAUAGAUGGAUGGACGAGAUGGGUGUAUUGGUGUAACUCUGUACGUGUAAAUUGAUCAUAUAUGUAUUUGUGAUCUCUCAUCAUGUACUAUUUUUAAUCUCAACUUUCAGAAUUUGGGUUGAAAUAAAAGAUGCUUUUUAACUUUUCAGUAUGGUGCAUUUUUUUGUGAUUUUGGACUAGCAUAACUAGACAUGUAAUUAGAUAGAGAUCAUAGUGUGCACACUCUGUAGGUGUGUUGAAGUGUCAUCAUAACUUUUGAUGCUGCUACCAAUUCAGAUUUCAUGAUGGUAUUACUCUUUUACCAGUCUGGUAUUGUCGAAAGCUAGCCGUACGAAUUGUAGUA